AAUUAAGGAACAAUGGCAAGUGAAGGUGAAGUGGUGAGCAAUAAGCAGGUGAUAUUGAAGGAGUACGUGAGUGGUUUACCUAAAGAAUCAGACCUACAAGUGACCACUGGUAGCAUAAAACUGAAGAUCCCAGAAGGUUGUAAUGGAAUUCUUGUCAAGAAUCUUUAUUUAUCAUGUGAUCCUUACAUAAGAACCCGUAUGAAAAACCUUCAACUCAAAGGAGCCUACGUUGAUUCCUUCCAGCCUGGUUCGCCUAUAAGUGGGUAUGGAGUUGCUAAAGUUUUAGAAUCUGAGCAUCCAAACUUCAAGAAAGGAGACUUGAUUUGGGGAAUCACUGAUUGGGAAGAGUACAGUCUGAUUACAGAACCUGAGACUUUGUUCAAAAUUCAGGACAAAGAUAUGCCCCUUUCCUAUUACACUGGGAUUCUUGGUAUGCCUGGAGUUACUGCUUAUGCAGGGUUUUUUGAGAUUUGCUCUCCUAAGAAAGGAGAAUAUGUCUUUGUUUCAGCAGCUUCUGGUGCAGUAGGUCAGCUUGUUGGGCAAUUUGCAAAGCUUUCAGGUUGUUAUGUUGUUGGAAGUGCUGGAAGUAAAGAGAAAGUUGAUUUGUUGAAGAAUAAGUUCGGAUUCGAUGAGGCUUUCAAUUACAAAGAAGAGCAGGAUCUGAAUGCAGCUUUACAAAGGUACUUUCCCGAAGGAAUUGAUAUUUACUUUGAAAACGUUGGUGGAAAGAUGCUUGAUGCAGUGCUACUUAACAUGAGAAUCCGUGGACGCAUUGCUGUGUGUGGUAUGAUCUCACAGUACAACCUAGACCAACCUGAAGGAGUAUAUUAUUUAGCGAAUAUUAUUCUGAAACGUAUCAGAAUGGAAGGAUUUCUGGUUUUUGAUUACUAUCAUCUCUAUCCAAAGUACUUGGAAAUGGUCCUGCCUAAAAUCAGGGAAGGGAAGAUUGUAUAUGUGGAAGACAAAGCUGAAGGGCUAGAGAGUGGUCCAGCAGCCUUGACAGGGCUAUUUGUUGGACGUAAUGUAGGAAAGCAGGUGGUUGUGGUUGCCGAUGAAUGA